AUGGCCGAAUGUGGCAUCGACACUCAUGAAUCAUUGGUAAGCUUCUUGCGUGGACCGACGAUCCUUCCGGCCUGGCGCGACCUAUAUCUCGAACACAUUCUUCCCUUGCAAAAGGGGGCCAAGGCGACGGGCAGACCAAGGCCAAGAGGCCCUAGCCUGAAGGAUGUUCAGACUGCCAUCAUCUUGGGGGAACGUGACGGCCAGAUGAGAUACUCGAACCCUGACAAGACCGGAUGGACCGCUGUGGAUCACAUUGCCCUCUUCUUGCACCGCACACGUAACCUGACCGUCAACCAUCGUGACGGAAUCUUCUUUGGUAAGAGCCUGUCCGCGACUCAACUGGACAGAUAUCUUUGGUCGUUCUUUACACUGCUCUCAGGGGAGCAUGUCCCCUCUCGCCUUCACAGAAAGAGAGGGGGUGGUAUUGCCCUUGUCGGUGACCUGGCAGCAGAGGCGGCCACUGCGGUAGAGGAGAACUCGACCGCCGUCAGAGACAGCACUCCCACCACCUCUCUCCCGACCGCCUCCCUCCCAACCACCUCACUCCCGACGACACCACUCGCACCCCCCAUGUCCCCAUCCCCUCGACCACCCGUGAUGAAGACGAAGAAGCGGAAGGCAACGCCAGUGCCAUCAACUCCGUCCAAGAAACAAGUCACGGACAUAGCAGCAACGCAGGAUGUUGACAUGACAGACACUCCGACAGCCACCCCAACCCCCUCCCAGCGAUGGAGGGACGAAAUUCUCACUCCCAGCCGCCGCAACGCCCUCCUUGCCUCUGAACGCAGGGAUAUGAACAAUCCAUACUGGAAGAUGCGCCUUCUCAGGUCAGCACUCCAUCUCGCCACCCCCAUUGAUCCCCGGCCAUCGGAUGAAGACGCCAUGCAGGACGUCGACGUCGACUUCAACGAUACGCCCACAGCCUCCCAGCAGCCAUCUCAAGGCACGCAGGCCUUUGAUAACACCCAAUACUUGACAGCAGAGAGUAUUGAUUGGCAGCUUGAGAUGGCUUCGGACAGCCAGACCCCCGUCACGAUUAUGCCAACAGACUAUUCGAUCAGGCAAUUUGAGGUCCAACAACAGUGGCUGGACAAUCUUAACUACCAGCGCGAGAACGUGAAAGAGGCCUGCGGCUUUCUCAAUAUCCCAGUUACAACAAUCCCGCGAAUGUGGGGCAUGCGGUCCGGCUUCACAUUUAAAUUCUGGCAGCCGGUGGCCAUAUGGGCCCUGUGGCGCUUCCGAAUGGAGAAGCAUCUCAACGGCGCCAUCCUGGCCGAUCUUGUGGGCCUAGGCAAGACCUGGGUCGUGAUCGGAUAUCUUCUGCAUAGACUCUUCACCAUUGUCAACACCCCUCGUCCACGCCCGCUGUGCAAGCCUGUCCUCAUCAUCGUACCCCCCACACUUGUCUCGCAAUGGGAGGCCGAGAUCCAGCGCAUCACACCGAAAUUCCGUGUCGUCGUGUACUAUGGUGAUUCCCGCGCAGAGAACCAUGGCGUGAAGGGCCGCCUCGAGGCCGAUAUGCCGAUGUUCGACGGCGGCGAUAAAUGCGCAGAUAUCAUCGUUCUUAGCAGCUAUCAGUCCUUCAACGCUCGUCAUGGCUCAGCGGAGAAGGCGGACUGGCUAAGAGAGCACCCCAACGCCAGAUUCACCGACCGACGUUCAUGGCGAUACGAUCUCUCAGGCCUCUUUGGCGAUGUCAUCCUGGAUGAGGCUCAUACCAUUAAGAAUCUCACAGCCCAGACAACCCACACCAUCCUCUCGCUAAAGGCAGAUUUCUACCUAUGCCUCACAGCAACACCCCUCUUUAACUCCUUGCUCGACUUCCAAGGGUUCCAACAGUUCAUCUUCACUCAAGACGCCGACUCUUCCUGGGAUGGUGUCCCGGAAGACACUAAUCCGUUCGAACAGCACGACUAUAAACAUCUCAUCAUGACCCCCCGUGCUAUGGAUUCAUUUGUUUGGCACAAGGACGUAUCCAGCAGCACGGCAGGCGCACGACUGGCCAAGGUGUGGGAGAAGUGCCUUGUGCGCCGUACCCUUACCUCUCGAAUCCCCUUCAACACCGGCGCCGUCAUCGGUGAAGAUAUCCCCGCGACACAACAUAAAGUCGUCACUGCUGCCUUCUCCGACGCCGAACAGACUCGUUAUGAUGCCAUCACCAAGCCCCUUUAUCGAAAGCUGAUGCGCAAGCUGCCCAACGGUAAGCUCGUGUGGAACAUGGCCAAGUACCGCCAGCUAGCCCUGCUUACUUCCUGGCUUGACUUCGAGUACGUGCACAACACCAUAAAGAGCAACAAUAUGCCCGCCGCCGUCCGCUACGCCAACGCCAAAAGGCUCCUGCCAAAGUGGCUCACCCUGAUCGCCACCAAGACCCAGGCAGAGUGCGACGUGGAGGGCAUGUCCGAAGAGGAGCAGCUGGCGGCGAUCCUAAGAACAUCCCCCCGCCUCCGUGCCAUGCUCCCUAUUAUCGCGGAAGAGAUCCUCCUAUACAACGAAAAAAGCAUGGUGUGGACCCUCUUCCCGGCGCAGCAGGUGCUCAUCACAGCCGCCCUCCGCCUUCUCAACAUCGACAGCCGUGUAUACCAUGCCGCCCUGACGACGAAGGAGAGGGCCGAACUGGUCCGAGAAUUCUGCACAUCUUCUACAUCUGCAAUGGUUCUCGUCUGCUCUUACUCUGUCAACUCCGCCGGCAUGAACCUCCAGGCUAAGUGUCGCAACAUCCAUCUUUUUGACGCGGCCAUGUCUGAGGCCAUCACCCGACAAGCUAUUGGCCGUUGUGCCCGCCUCGGGCAAACUCGCAUUGUGAAGGUGUACGAGUAUCGUGUGCCACGCUCCUUUAACAUCCGGCAGGUGACCAACAACGUCCAAAAGGCCAUCCCCGGCAUGAUCGCGGAGCUGAACAGAGGUAUCUUCACCGUCGAAGGGAAUGAUGACGGGGAUGUCGAUCUCGGGCAGUGGGCUAUCAACAGAGAGAGCGGGGAGUUCGUUAAGGUAACCGAGGGUGAUGAAUUGGGCCCGGGCUUCUUUGUCAUUCCUCCAAACAAGCUGGUUAGGUACAUGAUGUCGGCCAUGAAGGGGGAGCUCGCAGACAUCGAUGUGGAGGAAGGGGAAGAGUCCCAUUAG